UGAGGGCUGCUGACUGCACAAAACCAUCUCCAGAUAAGACGAGACGGAGCGACUGCCGCUCCGCCAGCGGCUCAGUCUCGCUUCCCACGGUUUCCCCUGCCGGCUGCAGCAGGCUGAGGACCGGAGCUCACCAUGAAGUACCGCACGGUGGUGAUGUACCUGGAGAUCGGCUGCUUCGUGUCCUGCCUCUGCGGCUGGAUCCUGGUGUGCUCCACGCUGCCCACCGAGUACUGGACCUUCUCCGAGGUGGGCAGCAUCGUGCUCACCACGUCCAACUACUACUCCAACCUGUGGAGGGACUGCAUCUCCGACACCACGGGGGUGUCCGACUGCAAGGACUACCCCUCCAUGCUGGCACUGCCCGCGUUCCUGCACGCCUGCAGGGCGCUGGCGGUCUGCGCCGUCAUCACCGGCUUCUUCGGAGGCGUCCUCGCCCUGGUGGGGAUGAAAUGCACCAAAAUCGGCGGCUCGGAGAUCGCCAACGCCAGGGUGACGUUUGCCGGCGGCCUGACCUACCUGGCUUCAGGAUUCUGCGGGAUGAUCACGUACUCCUGGUGGGCCAACAAAGUCAUCACGGAGUUCUUGGAUCCGAAUUUCAGGGCACAGAAAUUUGAACUCGGCGCGGCGGUUUUCGUCGGCUGGGGAGGCUCCAUUCUUCUCAUCUGCGGCGGGGCGGUGAUGACUUACUUCUCAGGAAAAGAAGGGCUGCCGUCCAGUUCCUUGGACGGGCCACGGAGACCGGCUACCUACGCCACCGCCCGCAGCAGACGGACCUACAUGCGGCCGGCCACGUCGUCCAGAGUCACCCUGGUCCCGCCGCUGUUCUACCAGGGCAGGAAGAGCCGGGGGACCAGAACGGCGACGACGACCAGAACUGGGAGAACCUUCAUGAGGGACAGCUUCGUGUGACUCAAAUCUGUCACGACCGGAGCCGAGGUGGCCCGCUGCAGUCUCAUCUUCGACCGUCGGGCCAUGAACUUUGAUUAAGAAUGCAGUUUUCUCUUGUAUAAACUUUGAUCACCACGUCUGUUAGGAUAAAAGUGAGCUAACCAGUUAGCAUCAGGGAAGCUCUUCCAGCCUGAGAACUUGUAAAUAUUUGUUUACAAACACUUUAACCACUUCAAUUAAUGUUUCUGGGGAAAUAUUAACAUGAAACCCCAGUCGCUCCAGUCCUUUCUCUCAAAAACUUUCAUGACAUUAUAUCUUUUUUUUUUUUUUGGAACAUUCAGUGAAUUGCUGGGUUUUUCUCUAUAAAAGUGACUCGAAAUGACUGUUUGAAUUGAGCUGUUUUAUAAUCACAUCCAUUUCCUGCUCAAUACUUCAGGAAACUGUUUAAGAUUGAAUUACUCUAUAAAUAAAGUUUUCAUCAAAAUUACUGUUCCCACUUUUC